UUGACAAUUUAUCUCUUGCCGAGUGGACUGAGUCACUCACUCACUCUCUCUCUCCCCUCCGUCACCGCCGACGAAGCCACCAUGACUCACAGGCAAAUCUCUCGCCGACGCCGGCGCACCGCCGCUGUCUGCCGCCGUCACCCCUCCGACAAACCCACUACCGGCUUCUGCGUCUCCUGCCUCCGCGAACGCCUCGCCGUUAUCGAGACCCAGCCCCCCUCCGUCGCUGCAGCACAGGCCCCUGAGCUCCGCCGUACUCGCUCUUACUCCGCUCGCGAUUCCUCAGCCGUCGCUUUCGAGCAGCCGCGUCGCAGAUCGUGCGAUGUGUGGUCCGGUUGUAGCUCUCUUCGUUACCUUGUCGCCGAGGACGAAGAGGAUCCGAUCCGGAGGCCCCGGGCCCCCGGUUUGAAGGAGGAACAAGAGGAGGGACUGGAUGACGAUGAAGACGAAUAUGGUGAACACGAAAUCAAGAGUUUUGACAAUGGCAAGCCGAGGAAGUUCGUGAUUGAAGAUUCAGAAGAUGGAGGAGGAGGAGAGUCCAAGACGAUGAAAGAGCUCAUAGAUCUGGAACGGGUUCACCAUAGCAAGAAGAAAAAUGGUAAAGAUUUGAAGGAAAUAGCGUCGGUUUUGGGCAAGAAGCUGAAGGGAUUGUCGUUGAAGCAUCAGAAGAAUAAGAGAAAAGAAGAAAUCCUAGAUGCCGAUUUCGCCGGAAACAGUGAAAUCCACGUUCGAAAUGGACGAUCAGAACCCGUUGAACGCGUGCUUGGCCGUCGAUCGUGCGAUAUAGAUUCUCGGUAUUCUCUCGACGUGGGCCGGUUGUCGUUCGAGGAGCCUAGGGCGUCAUGGGACGGGUGUUUGGUCGGAAAGACAUAUCCGAAGCUGCCGACACUGUACUCUGUGACGGAAGAUGCUAAAACCUCUCCGGAGGAUAAAGACGAAGUUAAAGACGACGAUGAGGAGAAAAAUCCAGGCGGGACAGCUCAGACGAGGGACUAUUACUCGGAUUCACGGCGAAGAAGAAGCUUCGAUCGAUCGAGUUCGAUCAAGAGGCCGGGACUGCUCGAGGUCGAUGAAUUGAAAGCUAUUUCAAACGUCAAGGUAUCACCCAGAACUGUUGGUUUGUUUCAUGGCGCAAAGUUAUUAGUUACAGAGAAGGAACUGAGGGAUUCAAACUGGUAUUCAAUCAAAAACCACAAACCCGAGACUGUCAGAAUCGGUGCCAAAACUGUCGGUCGUGUUGAUGGUGAGGUGAAGCAGGAUGGUUUUGGGUUAAAAAAGCCUAAAAGCAAAUGGUCUAAAGGUUGGAGCAUUUGGGGAUUGGUUCAGAGGAAAAACCAGACGAAGAACGACAUCAAAACCGAGAAAAGCUUGAAACUUGAAGGGAAUUCAAUCGAGGGUUCAUUGGCCGAGUCUCUGUUAAAACUCAAGAGAGUCGCUAAAGGAGAAGGCAAUGGUGAUGUUUGCGACAAGCUUAUCAAAAGCUACAGUGUCAGCGCAAGAAAGUCCUGUGAUGGUGUUUUUCAUGGCGCCACCGCCAUUCUUAAGGGUGGAUUUGAAGGAGGAAGAAGCUCAUGCGAUGGCUUGUUCCAUGGCUCCAUUAAUGGUGUUGAGGCAGGAAGAAGGUCGUGUCAUCUUCUACAGAUGAAGGCGGAUGUGGGUACGUAUUCUCCCAAUAACCUCGAGAACGGUAUGUUUAGAUUCUAUUUCACGCCCUCGAGGAGCCAUAAGAUGAGCAAAUCCGGCAAAAGCAGGAUGAUGGAUUAAUGGAUUUGAGAUUGUGGGUUCAUGGAGAAUGGUAUAAAUAACUCUUUCUUGUAAUUAAUCAGGUUACUGCCCUUUGUUCUAUAGAUAAAUGAAAUGAACUUAGAUCCUGAAAUGCAAUCUUGUGCUGUCUCUUUUCUAGUUUCCUUGGCAUAGUGUUGUAACUUAGACCUUGGCUGAUAUGUUCCUAACAAAGCUGAUUCAGAUAUGCAAAAACAGUCCUAGAACUGUAUCUUUUCACAUUGUUAGGAUUGAAUGUACGAUUUCCAACUAAUUAUAUGUUUAUAGUUUCCUGA